ACGUAACGUACGGAGUGAUGAGGUCAUUAAAGAAGAGCGCGAUAGUAAGUGGUGUAGGGAGUGUCGGUGGAGGGUGCCUAUGAACCAGAGUAGCUAAGCAUUACCCCGAUAGGCCAUGAUUAAUUUGAGAUCUUAAUCUUCGUAAGUCUUUUAGAGACGGACUUUAGCCAAAUGAAAGUGGCUAUGGAUGUAGACAACCAGAGUGGGAACGGUAGCAGCUCCCCCACCCAUGAUGUGUUGCCCCCUGAAAACCACGCUGACAUCCUGACUGACCACAUGAUCAUCCCCAAUCGGAUUUUUGUUGGGGGAAUUGACUACAAGGUUAGUGAGAGCGACCUGCGACAUUUCUUCUCUCAGCAUGGUGCUGUGAAAGAGGUGAAGAUUGUGACAGAUCACUCAGGAAUAUCAAAAGGAUAUGGGUUUGUCACAUUUGAGACCAAAGAAGAUGCACUGAAAGUCCUUCAUGAUGCUAAUGGAAUCUGUUUCAAAGACAAGAAGCUCAGCAUCGGUCAGGCUGUCUGCAAACGACAAGCUUCACAAAAGACCAGAAGAGUCCCUGUGACCAACCUAGAUCCUGUCAUGCCUCAGCCGAUGUCCUGUGGGACUUUCUACUUGACUACGUCCACAGGCUACCCCUACACCUACCACAACGGAGUGGCCUAUUUCCACUGCCCUAACGUGAACCCUCCUGGCCACCACUGGCCUCCUGCACCUCCAGUGAUGCUCCCUCAGUCCAAUCAGCCUGUCCACCAGCACCCAGCCUAUCACCACUACCCGUGUGUCUCAAACCAGUAUCAAUGGCAUGGGUGCCAGUCGUCAGUGCCAUCCAGCUCAGUCAUGCACUCUCAGCAAUCAGAAUACCUUUACCAGCCCACUGAUGGGUGCUACUUCCUGCCUACUCCUCCUGUCAUGGAGGACACCACACCAGAGUUUGUAGAGCCCACAUUGCAGCAGGUUUACCCAGUGUAUCCUCAGAGGACAGAAGGAAUGGCACCGUUUGUUCUGCAGCAUGACCGUGGCAAGGUCCAUCUGAAGCCAAAGUACCGCCGAUACAUCCAUCACAAGUACUGGCACUACCUGCCAGAAGCAACAGAGCCACCGGAUGCCUCCAUGAUUCACACCUCCCAACCUCUCAUGUAGGCUCAACCCACAGACAACUUCUCAGGAGAAGAAUUACGCACACAGCAGCACAACCAUUCUAAUCUCAUCCUCCUCCAUGGAUUUAGCACACAUAUCAUCAAUCAUCUGGUCAACAGGGCCUUGCAGCAUAAUGCAGUGUGCUUCUUGAUUUCAUAGCCUCUUUGGUUUGUCUGUUGCACUUUCUGUUCCCACCAGCUCUCCACAACCUAGGUAAGCCUGCACCUUGUCAUCCUCUAAACUGGCAGCUCCCAGAUCUGUUUCUCUGUUCUUGUUUUAAUAGAGUUGAAUGAUUGACAUUUAUGUUACAGUGUCGUGUUGCACACUUUACGUUACAGUAUAUAGAGCAGUUGUGUUUAAUUUCUUCUAAGUGAAUAUGUAAACUUUGCAAUGUUACAUUUGUUUUCCAGUAAAUCAUUUUGUUGUGAUAACACAUUAACUUGGUGGCAUCCAAACAAUGCAUCUGAAUUUCCAAAAUAUCAGAUUAAUAAUAUAAAACCUGAUAUCAAAAUAUCAGGUUUUAUAUUAUUAAUGCACAACAACUAUCUAGGUUUUUCAGGUUUAAUGAUGCAGUCAGGACAUUACUACAGCAUCACAUCACUAACCUGUUCAGGUUCUUAGAUUUUCCCAAAACUAAGUUAAAUAUGAAUGUCAGAAGGUGCAAUUAAAAUACAUUGUGCCCUUCAAAUUUAUUUACUUUUUUACUUGGUAAAACUCAGCUUAGUCUAAAAAAACCGUGUGCACAAUAUUGAAAGAUGUUGGCUCUUUAUAAAGGAGCGAUGCUGCACAUCCUCUGUGGAUCAGUGAUCACAUUUAUUUAGGAGGACAUUGAAAAAGCAGCAAUGUUGAUCUUAUAUUAGAGUAUAGCUGUUGAGGCUCACUGAGUCAGUCCUAACAGUAUUCGGAUGCUCUGAUUGAGCCGCUGCAUCUUGUCGCCUCUGCUCGGCUUUAUCAUUGUUGAGACCUCAUGAGUCUCUGAUCCACUGUCUGCUCCAUCCUCAGCCACUUAGCUUGAGAGCAGUGCUUAAAAAAAACCUUUCUACCAUUUUGCAGUCUGGUGAUGGGUAGAAUUUUGUGUGUGGUAUUGAUACUGGUCUGUGGCCUAUAUGUGUUUGAAACCAGCUCUCAGUGGUGUAGAACCAGCUGUAUUUUCAAAACAGUACAGCUGUGACAGUUUAGUGUAUUCUGUAUAUAACAGGCUGGUUGAUAGGUGUAUGUUAAAGUGCAGAAUUAAUUUGUCAAAGUAUACUCAUUAUUUAGCAGUUUUGUAUUUCACAAAUCAUAACUUUACAUUUGGAAAUAUGUCUGAGAGUUUGCUAAAAACAAAAUGUAAUGACAUUAAACAAAUUUGAGCAGUAACACAUCUACAAGUCAGGAUCUUAAGCAAAGAACGUGUUUAGAGCAACUGCCUCAAGUGAAGUUGCUUUUUGCUGUGCUAGCGAGCAGUUGGGCCUCACUUGCACCCUGCUUUCAAAGCUGCUCGCCCAGGGUUGGUGUGUUUUUGACGUGCACAGUCUGAUCUGACCUGGAAGUGACCUACUGCUAAACCACCCAAGUUACAUCUGGUGACAUCCCAGUGUGUCCCAGCUGCUUUUUGGUGUCAGCGGUGUGAAAAGAGAUCAAUUUUCUUUGACUUAAAAGUGCUCAUCAAAAAGUUGUUAAGAGGAGAUAAGAAGUUGCACAAAGCCUGAGAUAUAUAAAUGUCGCUGGACAGUCUCACAACAGAUUGAUUCAAGUUUGGUUUCUUUGUGCUUGUGCUAUAGUUUUAUCAAUAAUAAAGAAGUAAUAGAAAUGCAUAAUUGAGAUACUUGUUGCAGCAAGUGAUUAGAAAAUGCUUUGUUUCUGUUCUUCUCUUAGAGGUUAGGUGUUAACAUCAGCGAAGAUUUGUUAAUUUUAUAGCGUUACCGCCGUUCAUAUUGUGCACAUGCUUUAGAUUUGAAGGCUGUUUCUUUGAGUCCACCUUGAAAAUAAAUUGAAAUAAAAUUUAAAUGACAGAUACCCAUUUUAUUAUAAAAUAUUUUCAUGGCAUAUUUUACUGUGAAACUCCUCAGUCCUCAUUCUUUAAUUCCAUUUUAUAUUUGUGCUGAUAAUUUGUGUAAAAUGUGUCCCAAGUCUUAAAAUCUACAGGAACACACUGACAUUUUCACUGUGCUUUUAAGAUAUUGCCUUUUGUCUGAUCAUAUUUUGUACUCUGUAUUUUGUUUUGUGGUCAAACUGUUUUCUAAGGCUCUUGAACGCAGUGGGCGUAUUGUAUAACCAAAAUACUACAAUAUUUUUGUGAUCUGUUUAUAUUUGUUUUUUGUGAUUUGUGUGCAGUACUUAUUUAACAGCACAUCGCAUGACUGCCAGUCACUUGUUUUAACAUUAUUUCCAGUUCUUGAAUGGAAAUAAAGGUUUCCUGUGGUUUA